AUGCUGCAGCUAAAUCCUCACUUUGACUCCAUUGGCCCGCAGUUUGUUCAGGUGUAUUAUGAAACCUUCCGCAACAACAGAGCGGGUUUGGCUGAGUUGUACACUGAGAAUUCUCUUUUAACUUACGAAGGCACUCAGUUUCGAGGUGCUGCAGCAAUUUUGCAGAAACUGCAGCAACUGCCAGCUGUUGUUAAUCAUCAGCUCGUCACCUGCGACUGCCAGCCGACUCCAAACGGAGGAGUAUUAAUCAUUGUCUGUGGCGACUUAGCCAUUGAAGAUAAUCCACCGAUGAAAUUUACACAAACUUUCAACUUGGUUCCAAACGGAAGCGGCACUUACGCUGUUUUUAACGAUUGCUUCCGCCUUUGCAUCGGCUGA